UUUAUGAGGUGUAAGAUAUCAAAGCCUAAGGAUCCAUGCAAAUGAAAGAGCAAGCUCAGCAAAUCCUUACUCUUAUUAUAUCCUUGCUCUGCUAUAAAUAGCAGACUCUACUUCUCCAUUUAUCACCACCAAUUUCAGUCUCUCUUCUUUUAUAUCACCAUGGCUAAGCCUAUGAUCGUGCUCUCUCUUUCUCUUUGCUUUCUUGCUCUCUUCCAUGGAUCGCUAGCUAGCCGUUCGUUUCAGAUGCAAAAUGAUCAGUGCCAACUCAAUAGGAUCAAUGCUCUUGAGCCUGACAACCAUAUUCAGUGCGAAGCUGGAACCAUCGAGUCAUGGAAUCCCAACCGCGACCAGUUCCAAUGCGCUGGUGUUGCUGUCAACAGGCAUACCAUUGAACCCAAGGGUCUUUUGUUGCCAGCUUACCACAAUGCUCCACAACUUGUCUACAUUGUUCAAGGUAGGGGUAUGCUUGGAGUGAUGCUUCCUGGAUGUGCUGAAACAUUCCAAGAAUCUCAGCAGUCUGCUGGUAGGAGAGGCAGCACCGAUAGGCAACAAGAACAACACCAGAAAAUUCGCAAUGUCCGUCGCGGCGACAUCAUUGCUUUGCCUGCUGGUGUUUCUCACUGGUGCUAUAAUGACGGAAACGAACGCCUUGUUGCUGUCAGUGUUUAUGACACUGCCAACAGUGACAACCAGCUCGAUAAUAACCCCAGAAGCUUCUAUCUUGCCGGUAAUCCAGAAGAUGAGUUCCGAGGAUCUAGACGCCAGGGUGAACGUGGACAGAGUGAAUUUUCCAGACGUCCUAGUAGGGAGCGAACACAAGGCUCUUGCAAUAACAUGUUCUGCGGGUUGGACUCCAGUCUCCUAGCGGAAGCUUUCAACAUCGAUGAGCAAUUGGCAAGAAAGCUUCAAAGCGAGAAUGACAACAGAGGCAAUAUCGUUAGAGUCGAAGGCGACCUUGAGGUGACAAGACCAUCCAGGAGUCAGCAAGAGAGAGAGGAGCAAGAAGAACGCGAAUACGAUCGCCGACCAGCACCUUUCAAUGGCAUCGAGGAGACAUUCUGUACCAUGAGAUUGAAGGAGAACAUCGCUGAUCCUUCACGUGCCGAUGUGUUUGUCCCUGAAGUUGGCCGCUUGAGCACCGUCAACAGCCAUAACCUCCGUGUUCUCCGUUCCCUCCAACUCAGCGCUUCCCAUGUUGUCCUCCGCAACAAUGCUAUCAGACUGCCACACUGGCACAUGAAUGCACACAGCGUUAUAUACGCCAUCAGGGGCCAAGCCAGGAUUCAGAUAGUUAACGAAAACGGUAACAGCGUCUUCGAUGGCAGUGUCAAAGAAGGACAGGUGUUGACUGUGCCACAGAACUUCAUGGUGGUAAAAAGAGCAGAGAGUGAAAAAUUCGAAUACAUAGCCUUCAAGACCAACGAUAACGCCAUGACAUCCGAUGCUGCUGGCCGCACGUCAGCUCUUCGAGCCAUGCCUCAGGAUGUCUUAGCCAAUGCAUUCGGAAUUUCAAUCGACGAAGCAAGAAGGAUCAAAUUUAACAGGCAGGAGACUACUUUUGGUCGAUCAAGGUCUCAGCCUGGAAGGAGAAUUGCUUAAUUAAUUUCAAGGAAAUGUAAAUUAAGAGGGGCUUGCACAUGUAGCCUUUCUGUUAUGAAUGUGCAGAGGUUUAGAAAAAUAAAAGAGACACUAGAUGGUCUCUGUUGUUUGUUUUGCAAGUAAAGAAACAGAUUCUUUUACUUGCCA